AUGAAAAGGUCGAAAGCAAUAACUUUAAGAAUUAAAAAUACACAAGGUCAAACUAUAGUUGGAGUACUUGAAAGAAAAUUUGAUGAAAUUAAUCGAAACAAACUUGGAAUUAUUUGUCAUGGAAUUUUAGAUUUUCGUGGAAAUGGAGAAAGUGAUGGAGUACCCAAAUUUUCAAAUAUUGAAGAAGACGCAGAAGAUAUAACUACAGUUUAUAAAUACUUGGAAAAAGUAUAUGGUUAUUCAUUAUACACAUUAAUAGGACAUUCAAGGGGAGCACUAGCAGCGUUAUAUUAUGCAUCAACUAUAAAUUUAAAUAUUCCAUAUUUGGUGCUAAUAUCAGGACGUUUUAGGAUGCAAAGUUUAAUCCAACGAUUUAAUAAUGAACAGUUGAGAGAUUUGGAGAAAAAAGGAUGGACUAACUGGACUUCAAUAAAAAAUGGUAAAGGUUUUGCAAUGAAAAUUACCAAAAAAGAAUUUGAUCAUUGGAUAAAUUGGGAUACUACUACUCUUGGCAAAAUUCCUAACUCAACAUCUGUACUAGUGAUUCAUGGAACAGCCGAUGAAGUAGUACCAGUUGAAGAUUCAGCAAUCUACAAUAAUAUAAUUCACAAUAGUACACUAAGGCUGAUAUCAGGGGCUACACAUAAUUUUACAAGGCAUAAAAAAGAAAUAGUUAAUAUUAUCAAUAAAUAUUUUUCACAAGAAUAUCAAUCUUUCAACUUUUUGUAUAAAAAUCAAUGGAUCAGUCAUAUACCUAGAUACAUUCGAAUUGAUGGUGUUAGCAAUUUUAGAGAUUUAGGUGGAUAUAAGUGUAAUAGUAAUGAAAGAUAUGUUUUUAGAUGUGGAGACAUUUCUUCAAUAACAGAACAAGGUAUAUUAACGUUGCAUAAAUUAAAUAUAAAACAAAUAUUUGAUCUAAGAUCAAAUCCUGAAAUCAAAAAAUUUGGCAUUAGAGAAAUAGAAGGUAUAAAACGUACACAUGUCCCAGUAUUUAAAGAAAUAGAUUUUUCACCUCAAGAAGUAUAUGAACGAUCAAAAUUAUAUGUGAAUGGAUAUGUUGGUUAUGCAAAAGCAAUUCUGGAAGAAGGCAAAGAAGCAUAUCGUCAAAUAUUUUUAAAUGUGUUGAAUAAACCAGAUAUUCCAUUUGCAGUACAUUGUAAAGCAGGUAAAGAUCGUACAGGAGUAUUUGCAAUGUUAAUAUUGAAAUUAUGUGGCAUAAAUGAUGAAAUUGUUGCUAGGGAAUAUGAAAUAACUGAUUUCAAUACCAGAG